AUGUGUAGCACCAAGGAGGCCAGCGAGGGAGAGGAGAGCUCUGACGUCACCGCUACGCCCGAAGGAACUGAACAAACGCACCCAGCCAUGAACAACAACGCAGAGGACUUGAACACGCAAGCAUACACGAACAUUCACGCUGAGGCGAUUCCCCAAGGUGAUGCAAAGCGACAGUUCAACGCUGGUUCGCACGACGCCAGGGAGCUUGCUUGCGAAGUCAGUUGCAGGAUGAAGACUUGCGUUCGAGAGAAGCCGUCCGCUACAGCCGUCGAUGUUGGAGGCGACGGGAGCGAGGAGAAUGGCAAAGGCAGCCGUAAGAAAAAGAGGUCCGCCCUUACGAGGCUCAGCGCGUACGUGACGAGGGGGAUGGAGGGCGCUUUCGAGAGACAUGGGCGUCGGGUUGCUGCAAACGCCCACACCACCGCCGCCCUGUGCAUGGUGUUCUCCGCCCUCUGCUCCCUCGGCAGUUUCUACUUCGUGACUGAACUUCGGCCGUACAGUCUCUGGCUCCCGCAGGACUCCGAGUUCAUCAAGGUUCUGAACUGGCAAAGCAAGAACUUCCCAAACACAUACCGUCGUCACGUAGCCUUCUGGGAGGCCGAUAACAUCCUGACGGCGCGAGUGAUCCAGGAGAUGUGGCGCCUUCACGUCCGCGUCGCCGACAUCGCCGUGGGUCCCAACGGCACGUCGUGGGACAACCUUUGCGUGCGUGUCCCCUCCCUCCCGACGCAGGAGUACCUGGAGGAGGAUUACGGGGACUACGAGUACGGGGUGCUCGCGCGUCGACGCCGAGACAACGGCCAUUUCCUCGACUACGACAUGAGCCUGAGCAUGUCGCGCGAGGACUACUGCGCCACGAUGGACAGCCUGCCGAAAGUCUGCCUUGAAACGAGCCUCCUGGAGGUGUGGGGCUUGGACGAGGAGCGUAUCAUGAGCCUCACCGACGAACAGGUCCUGGAGGACAUUAACUCCAAGCAGAUCAGUGAGGUGUUCGGCUACGGCGUGAACUUCACCAAAUACCUGGGCAGCAUCUCGUACGACGAGGAGGGCAGGGUCGUCUCCGCGGGCGGCGCCAUCCACGCGUGGGUGACCACCGUAGACCAGGAGGACGUGGUCCUUGGCAACGUCGUCGUGGACCAGGGGAAUGGCGAGCUGGUGGAUGCCAACGGCUUCGCCUGGGAGGACAGGUGGGUCAACACGGUCCUGAACGACUCCUCUCGCCCGAAGGACAUCCGCGCCUACGCCCAGUCGGCCAGCAGCUUCGGCAAAGUGAGUGACGAGAACAUCUGGGGCGACGUGAAGUGGCUUGUGUUGGGCUUCUCUCUCAUGUGCAUGUUCGUCAACAUGACGCUCGGCCGGAGGAACCUCGUGCAGCAAAGGCCAAUGCUGGCCUUCAUGGGCAUGGUGAGUGUGGCGCAAGCCAUAGCAGUGUCCUAUGGCCUGUGUUCGUUGAUGGGCAUUCCCUACUGCCCUGUGAAUUCCAUCUUGCCCAUCCUCCUUAUUGGACUCGGUGUGGACGACAUGUUCGUCAUCAUGGCAGCGUGGGAGUCGGUGGGUCGGAAGAAGGGCGUCACGACGCUGACGGAGCGCGCAGGAGUCUCCAUGCGCCACGCCGGCGUCGCCAUAACGGUUACUUCUCUCACCGAUGUCACCGCUUUCGCCGUGGGAGCUACAACUGACCUGCCCGCCCUUCGAUCUUUCUGCAUUUAUGCGGCUGUAGGCAUAUUUGCUGUAUAUGUCCUUCAGUCUACGUUCUUCUUGGCUUGGCUGGUACGAGACGAGAGGAGGAUGGAAGAAAACAAAAAUGGAUUCUUUUGGUGCAUCACUCACAAGGACUGGAAACCCUGGGCAUGCAGCAAGCGCGACCUACUUUCAGACAUAUUCAAGCAUGGCUUCUGUCCGUUUAUUCUCUCGGCGCCCAUGAGAGCUAUCAUCCUGCUCGGCACGGGUGCCCUCGCAGCUUCCUCCAUCUGGUCGACCAUGAACUUGCGCAAAGAAUUCAACGCCAAGUGGUUCAUUCCUAAGACUUCUUACCUUCAUGAAACUUUUGAAGUUGCGGGGAAACACUUUCCGGAAGCUGGCCAAGCUGGAUAUUUGUACUUUUCUAAUGUUUCCUUGCCAGGAGAUCUCCCAGCACUCAAUAGAAUGAUAAAAGACCUCAAGGAUACUGAAGUGAUACAGUCUAUUGACCCUUGGUUCUCAGCUCUCGACCGAUACAUAGCUCAGAAACCAGAACUAACUAACUCGACUUUAGAUUAUGCUCUACUACAAGACACGCUCUCGAUUUUCCUCCAGUCGUCUUCAGGGGCUUCGUAUAGGAGUGACUUUAAGGUAAACGGAAAUCUUGACUGCCGUGCUCCUGCUCCACCGGUCACGUCCUUCAGGAUAUCUUUCAUGCAUCUACCUACGGAGAGUUCUCAAGAGGAGUCCCACGCACUGCAGGCCGUCAAGUCAGUCAUUGCAUCAGUGCCAAUCCAAGGCUUCAAAGCUGCGUGGGCACAAGCCUACAGUAUCUGGGAGACCAACGAGGUGGUAGGCCAUGAGCUAUGGAGGAAUAUGAUACUGGCAGCAGUAGUGGUAGGUGUGGUUACCCUCAUCUUGCUGGCGUCCUUCUGGUCUGCAAUGCUCGUGCUGGCGUGCGUGGCAGCCACUGUGGUCGGGGUUUCCGGCACAAUGGCGAUCUGGGGGCUGACAGUCGACACAGUGUCCUGCAUUGCUUUGGUGUUGGCCAUCGGUCUCAGCGUCGACUACGCAGCCCACAUCUCCCAUGCGUUUCUGGCGAUCCGUGACGUCAAGGACAAGAAGGAAAGGGCGAGAGCUGCCCUCGAAGGAGUCGGUCCUGCUGUCUUACAAGGAGGCUUCUCCACGCUUUUAUCUUUCAUCCUUCUUGCCGGAUCGUCUUCUCACGUGUUCAUAACUUUCUUCAAGGUGUUCACAGCAGCGUCUGUCCUUGGGCUUUACUACGGCCUUGUGUUCCUCCCUGUAAUCCUGUCGUUCGUUGGCCCAGACCCUUAUGAGGACUUAGAAGAAGACGACUUCGCUACAACUCAACCACAACACGACAUCGCUUAUACAAAUGAUGCCUUUACUCCUGAUCCCGACACAGAAAGCAAAAUCGUUACACAGUUUUAAUGCCUGGAAUACUGGCUAAUCGUGCGUUUGAUGAAAAAUUACUAAACUUAAUCAGGACUGUGAUAGUGUGUUUGGUAAAAGGAUUUGCCACUUGAAAACUACGUACCGCAUUAAAGAGGCAGCAGCACACCAAAUAUACCUAAGGGUAAAACAUAGCAACCGUUUUUUUUUUUUGGUAGGAAUAGACAAAAAAAAGGAUAUCAGUUCAGGUUGUCAUUUCUACAUAUGUCGCAAUCAUUCUCUUAAAACGCUUUUAUAAAUGAGGAGACGCAGCAUUUUAUACACUGUACAUAAUAUAUAUUGCACAUGUACAUACUGUACUUUGCUACCUCAACAUAGCCUUCUCGUGGCAGAAGAAAUACCAAAUGUCACCAUUUUUUGUAUAUAUAUAUUCAUUAUAUUUGUUUUACAAUCAUUAACAAAAAAUCUGCUGUAUCAUAAUAUCAUUUAUAAUUAAAGAUGACACGUAACUGAACUGUGUCAGCAUUUACAUCUUUUAUUUUUUGUUCAUGUGGGUAGCUUUAUCUAUCACUGUUUUUGGUACCUUAUUAGGCAAGAGGCAUUAUGUACAUAGUCAAGACGGAAGGCAAGUGCAAUAAAAAAAAAAAAAUCCGGAACAAAGAACAUGGUUUAUAAGUAAUUAUUCUUUCGGGUUUCGGAUUUUAGAAUUUUUUUCCAGUGAGUGGAAACAUGCUUUAAUAUUCAUCUUGCCUUCUAUUCAGUAUCUGUCUUAUGAAAGUGUAGGUAUCAAAUACUCUUUCUUGUUUUCUUUUCACUUAUUUUCCUAGUACCUGUAUUAAAACUUAUAUUGUACUUAUAUUGUUAAUCAAAAUUUAUCGGAAGACAAAGGAAA